UGAAUGCGCUGCGCCCACAGACAGGAUGAGACCGGAACCGGUGUGCAGAAUAUACAUCCCCCAAUUAAUUAAAAGCGGACCAGAGCUUUUUUCCUAACAAGUCAUCCUCCUGCGGUCACCCUGUGAGUGUUUGGAUCAUCUGUUUGCUUUUUUUCACGUUUUGUUGGGACUAAAGCCAAAAGAAACCCUGAAGAGGAAAUAUUUCAGAAUUUGGGAUUUUAUUGAAUUGGACUGCAGACGAAGCAACAAAGGAAACAGUUCCUUAUUAAAGUUCCUCAUUAAGUAAAAGUUUUGUCAGAUUUUUCUCGCCGCGUUUCAAACGUAUCCAUCUGUGGAACGAAGCACGUUUUUGUGAAAUUACAGAAGAAAUGUGAAGACGAAUUAGAAUCUUGGACGCACCGAGACAAAUCCCCGCUCCUCGUUCUCACAGGUCAGAUGUGUGUGUGUGGAUGUCAAACGUUGCUGUUAGCUGAGAGUUUUAGGUUCUGUUCCACCUCUCCCAGCUGUAACUCGAGCCUCCUAACCGUCAUCUCUGCCCACAAACCGGGGCGCCCCGAGCUGGAGGUGCCGCGGGGGACGCCAUGGGACGAUCCAAAUACUAAUGUAAUGGGUUGUUGAUGGAGAGGAUUUCGAAUGUCAGCCGGGACAGUGGUCAUCGCAGGAGGAAUUCUGGCUACAGUCAUCUUACUGACCAUCGUCGCUGUACUGUGUUUAUGUAGGUUGCAGUAUUACUGCUGUAAGAGGGAGGAGUCUGAGAAGGGGGAAGAGGAGGAACCGGAGCUCGCCACCAUGUCGCCUUCCUGGCCCCUGGCUCUGUCCGCCCCCCCUACACCUCCGACACCGGAGCACUUCGGCAACGAACCAGAGAACUACACCCCCACCUUCCUCACUGAGGCCAACGGUCCUGCCAGCUACUUCCCAACACCGCCGCCGCGCAGGUGCCAGCGCUCGCACGCCUUCUGCCCAUCCUGCGCCCGCUGCUCGCUGCCCUUCUACCUGCAGCACCCGGAGAGGCUGUACAAUGGUGGGCGCAGAAUCAGCUACAGGACUGUGCAGCAGCAGGACCUGGAGCUGCCCAUAGAUCUGGCAAGCUUCUACCAGAAGCUCAACCUCAUCCGUUCCGUCACCAUGAGGGAGGUGGUCAACCACAGCGUCAGCACCGACGUCUAGGAGCAGGCAGGGGGGGAAAGCCACGCCGUCCUGCUGGCCUGGAAGAAAGUUGCACUGACUCGGUGCUGUCUGCAAAAUACACAAAAUGACUUUGUGUUGUGCUGUGGGUUCAGCAUUAAUAGUGUGCUGCACUAAUGUACUGCAACACUGAGGGCUUUUGGGUGAUGUAGGUUAACAUAUCUCCUGGCAGCCAUAUUGCAGGUCUACAGCUCUGGAGCGACUGCUACUGUAACAGCUGAAUGCAUAUGUGAACGUAGUUUAACAUUUGUUACUGACAGACUUGAACAGACUCAUUUUUGUCAAGUUUGACUUAAAAAUUAUCAUUUUGUGACCAGGGUGUCUGAUUUUUCUGUUUAGAAAAUUAGCUUGUUCGUUAAUUAGCUAGUUAAGUAGCUAAACAAUAUGUGUAUCAAAGUGUAAAGAAGAAAAUUCACAAUUUGAGCUUUUGUCAGUAAAGUGAACACAGAUUUAGUUUUAAUGCACCACACAAAAGACAGAAGGGGAGGUAAAUGUCCAGUGCAAACAGGAGGUUUUCUAAAUGAGGCUAAUGGCUAGUUAGCUACCUAGCUUACACUGAAAUCUCUUCAAAAGAAUAAGUCGAGGAUGUAUAAAGAGAACUGGAUACAGAACUGGAGCCAGGCCCCCCCUUAAUUCCUAAGGUAUGAACAUUUCUCAGUGGUGCAUGGCGCAUGAAGCACUAAAGACUUCCACUGACCAAGCCGGCUACUCCUUGUUUAGCUCUUUGCUAAUUUGAAUGGAGAAUAUUGAUUUAUUUGUGCGGCUCUUUCCAAAUGUUAUUGGACCAAAUGGAUCAAAAAAGUAAUUUCCCAGGGGUUGUGAUGCUCAACAAACCCUAUCCACUUAUUAACAGAUAUCUCUUUCGCCAUGUAAAACUGUGGGGAAAAAAAGUCUUUUUGGGGCAGAGGGCAUCCCGUGACUUUGUAAUUCCACUGUUUGACCACCAUGUUGAAGAUGCCUCAAAGCCCGGUGCACUUCUGGGGGGCCCAUAUGUCUGGCCUUAUUAUGCGUUUCUGUUGACUGUGUGAAUGCAAACAGAAAAAAAGUCUGUGAAAGUAUGUAGUUGUCGGGGGAGCUCUGCUUUGCAGUUUCUCUCAGGGAGUCCCCAGAAAUCUUUGGUCCAAAAACACAGAGAGUCAACAAAUCCCCUGUGCAGACCAAAACCAACAGUGGACUUAUGUCCUAAGAAGUAGUGUGUGUGUAUUAAAGCAGUAUCUUCCUCUGUGUCAUAGAGCUCCAUUGUUGUUAAAAACCCAUCAAUGAGCCACACUGUCACACAGGGUCUCAUGUUCCUUCAUUACCAUGAAAACACACACACACACACACACACUGUAGUUUAUUUUCAAUUAGAGCGUACUCACACUUGGCCCAAUUAAAUUGUUCCCGAACACGGUUCACCCCAAUAUUCAGUUGGUUUGACUAGACUCGCUAAAUAGUGCCCGGGCCUGCUUGAAAGAGGUGGGACGGGGGGGGGGGCAAGCACAGUUCAAGGUAACUGGGCCACACACACACCGUCCCAUACAAAAACUACAGUGAGAGCUGAUUUCCGAAAUGAGAUUUCAGCUGAGAUUUUUUUUUAAAACAUGAAACUACGUUUAUGUUUUUAUGUCUUUAGAAGGAACCAAUGGCUUUAAAGCUGGGAUACGCCGACAGUAAAUUGAGACUUAUUAUUGGUUUUGGUCUUUUCAUGGGAUUUGUUAGCAUGGAAAAUACAAAAUAACACUUAUAUUGAAAGCUCCAAAUCAAGAGUGUUUUGGAGGAGAAAUACUGUCGAGCUGAAGUUUCCUGAGUUAGUAGCUUCCGUUUGGAGACCACUUUAUUUGAAGACUCAGACUGUCACUGACUACAG